UCGCUUGCCCGGCGGUUGCUGCUUGCCAGCGCUCGGCCACACGUGGGCUGCUGUUGUUUACCGGUCUGUAAUUCAUUCUUCUUGGCGUGGACUCGUACCAUUGAAGGACAGAGUGGUAGCGAGGCCAAGGGUCGUGAGCUGAUGGAUUUUGCUGCUGAAAAUGAAGGGACGUUGGGAGGAGGUCUCCAGAGUGUAGCUGAGGGGGCGCGGCCAAGUCGCGAGUCGGGUAGGGAGGGAGUCAGGGGCAUAGCGGGGAUGGAGGAGGCCGGCGGUGGAGAGGCGAGGAAAGGAGUGACAGGAGUGGAGAAGACAGGGGCUGGAGAGGAAGGAAGUGGACAAAGGGCAGGGGAAAUGCGUGUUGACCUAACGGUUGUGAAGCAAGAAGUUCUGGACUGGUCGGAAAUGGAGGAAGGUGUGUUGGAGGGCCAGUGGGUAAAGCAGGAGGUGGAGGAUGGGCCUGAGGUAAAGGAGGAGAAACCAGGCACAUUGGAGGUGAAGCAGGAGAUGGAUAGUAGUUUGGUGGUAAAAGAAGAGAAGGCAGAUGAACCAGACGUAAAGGAAGAGAAAGUGAAGGUGAAGGAAGAGGUAAUGGACUGGCUAGGAGUGAAGGAAGAGAACAAGCAUAACUUGGAGAUAAAACAGGAGGAGACGUUUGUUAGUCAGAACAUAAAAGAGGAGGAAGUGAUGGAUGAAGUGUGUGUAAAAGAAGAGAAGUAUUUCCCGAAGACAGAAGUGUUGGAUGAUAUAAAAGUGAAAGAAGAGCCUCAGAUAAAUCCCCCAGUGGGCUCCAAGCGGAAACUGGCCAUGUCAAGGUGUGAAACUUGUGGUACGGAGGAAGCAAAGUACAGAUGUCCACGUUGUAUGCGAUAUUCCUGCAGUUUGCCCUGUGUAAAGAAACACAAAGCAGAACUGACAUGCAAUGGAGUUCGAGAUAAAACUGCAUAUGUUUCAAUACAACAGUUUACUGAAAUGAAUCUUCUAAGUGAUUAUCGAUUUUUGGAAGAAGUAGCAAGAACAGCAGACCAUAUUUCUAGAGAUGCUUUCUUGAAAAGACCAAUAAGCAAUAAACAUAUGUACUUUAUGAAAAAUCGUGCCAGAAAGCAAGGUAUUAACUUAAAACUUCUACCCAAUGGAUUCACCAAGAGGAAAGAGAAUUCAACAUUUUUCGAUAAGAAAAAACAACAGUUUUGUUGGCACGUAAAGCUCCAGUUUCCUCAGAGUCAAGCUGUGUACGUAGAAAAAAGAGUACCAGAUGAUAAAACUAUUAAUGAAAUCCUAAGACCUUACAUUGAUCCUGAAAAGUCUGAUCCUGUAAUUCGUCAAAGGUUGAAAGCCUACAUUCGCUCUCAGACUGGGGUCCAAAUUUUAAUGAAGGUUGAAUCUAUGCAGCAAAAUUUAGUAAGCUAUUAUGAACUGGAUCCUUACAAAAGCCUUCUUGACAAUUUGAGGAACAAAGUGAUCAUUGAGUACCCAACAUUACAUGUGGUAUUAAAAGAAUCCAGUAAAGACAUGAAAAUUCUUCACCAAGCGAAAAGUGAAUCUACCAAGAACAUUGGCAAUGAAAAUUGAGCACUUCUUCUGGAUGAAGAAGGCGAAAAUUCCCAGACAAAUGCAGAGGACUAUGCAUUGACUAGCUAUUGGGUGAUUGGGGUAUUAUUAGUGGGUGGUUGGAAUUUUUUUGUUUCUCUGAAAAGUAAUUAAACAAUCUAAAACUUU